AUGGAGCUGGUCGCUCCCCAUUUUCCAGGCAUCCCGUGGAAUUCCGAGCCUGUAAUGGAAGCAGAGUACAACGCUGACUUGCUCUCUGGCGAGGCCACCAUUCAAGCGACAUCUACAACUGCGAAGUUGAUCGAUGAUACACGCCUCUUCAUCAACUUCCCACACGGACUCCAUGUUCUCCAGACGGUGGCGCCGGAGCUGCUCAGGCAAUGUCGUAGCGUGCAUAUUUCAGGCACCUGGGGAUCGGAGCCACCCGCGCCGCCUCGCUGGCUGCGUGCUCGACAAGGCUACAAGCGAGAGACCCGAAGAGAAACCCAAGGAGAGGAAGCUCGAACCGCACUUCGCCAACUCUCCCAAUUGGUGGCAAAGAUGUUUGUUCCAGAUGCUCCGUACCCAGUUGAGAAGUUGGAGCUCCGGAUCUAUUAUCCUGGGGACAGCUACCGUGCAAUUUGGAGGGAAGAUGACUCUCCAAUCAGUGCUGCAAUGAACAACCUUUGUUGCGCCGGAAUCCACGUGAAGGUGUCGCGGGGUCGCAUGGGAAAUGGCGUGCAUCUCGUAGCAUUGCCUGCGGUUGAGGGCGUGAGACAAGUCAACAGCAUUGCUUGGGAUAAGCUUGACGAGAGCGGACGCAACCCGCCAGGGCCAGGCGGAUUCAUGGUAGAUCCUUCAUGGCCCGGAAGCAUUUAG